AAUAACAUGGAGCAGGAUGCAGGAGCAGAAGCCAGCGCUCUGACUGGUUGCGCAUUCAAGGGGGCGGGACCCAUAGUUGCUAUGGGCACUAAGGGCAGGCCGGGUGCCCAGAAGGGAGAGUCAUUGUUGGGGCUGAAAGCGGACGGGCGCAAGGUAUUUGGGAAGAGUUCGGCGGCACAGGAACAUCCAGGUUCUUCGUAAGGAACAAAUUGUCUUCUGAGAAAAAUAGCAACUUUUACCAGCUCAACGCCUCAUGCUAAAAUCUUCACCUAAGAAAAUUUAUCUUUGAAGUCCAGUCAGCAGUUAAUCUUCUGAGGAAGAUUUAGAGGGGCUGGACACGAUGGAAAAGUAUGAAAAGAUUGGCAAAAUAGGAGAAGGCUCCUAUGGUGUGGUCUUUAAAUGCAGAAACAGGGACACUGGGCAGAUAGUGGCAAUUAAGAAGUUCCUUGAGUCAGAAGAUGAUCCUGUGAUCAAGAAGAUUGCUUUGCGUGAAAUUCGCAUGCUAAAGCAAUUAAAGCAUCCAAAUCUUGUAAACCUUCUUGAAGUAUUCAGGAGAAAGAGGAAGCUGCAUUUAGUUUUUGAGUAUUGUGACCACACAGUUCUCCAUGAACUGGACAAGCACCCACGUGGGGUCCCUGAACAUUUAGUGAAGAGCAUCACCUGGCAAACACUACAAGCUGUAAAUUUCUGCCACAAACAUAAUUGUAUUCACCGUGAUGUCAAGCCAGAGAAUAUCCUCAUCACCAGGCAUUCUGUUAUUAAGCUGUGUGACUUCGGCUUUGCCAGGAUACUGACUGGACCUUGUGACUAUUAUACAGACUAUGUGGCCACCAGAUGGUAUCGUGCACCAGAACUGCUGGUUGGAGACACACAGUACGGUCCCCCCGUAGAUGUGUGGGCGAUUGGCUGUGUAUUUGCAGAGCUUCUGUCAGGAAUUCCUUUGUGGCCUGGGAAGUCAGAUGUCGAUCAGCUGUAUUUAAUAAGGAAAACUCAGGGUGAUCUAAUAGCCAGACACCAGCAAGUAUUCAGCACGAACCAGUUCUUCAGUGGGGUCAGCAUCCCUGAUCCUGAAAACAUGGAACCUCUGGAAUCGCGAUUCCCAAACAUUUCAUCUCAAGCACUGGGACUCAUGAAGGGCUGCCUGCACAUGGAUCCUGCUGAAAGGCUAAAAUGCCAGCAGCUGCUCGACCACCCUUAUUUUGAUAGCAUUCGGGAUGAAGGUGAUGGGAUAAAAGAUUCUGAAAGAGUGAGUCGGAAACAGACGAGGCUGCACAGAAAGUAUUUUCCUGGGCUCCAGCACCUUCCGCAAUUAACAAGCAGUAAUAUUUUACCCGCUUUGGAGAACAAGAAGUGCUACGCUAACACCAGAAAAUUCAACUACCGUUUCCCUAACAUCUAAGAACUGGGAGAAAGGGACUAGUUAAAUAUUUAUUGUCCUCACAGCGAAGCAACAGCAGCCUGUUAGCAGAAAAUGAGCUAAACAGUGGCCUUUGAAUGUAGUUUAUAUAAUUCAACAGUUGAGUUGCUAUUUAAUUCUGCAAUAGUAUAAUGUAAACUGAAGGUAGCCACUGUGCUUUUAUUUUCUUAUUUGGACUCUUUAUAUAUACACACACUCCAGACACAGACACCUUCUUGCCAUUGUCUAGUUGUCAUGCUUUAGCAUUAGUUGUACCCAAGUUGACUUUAUAAUCAUAUUUGCUCCUCUCCAGCAACCACACAGUCAGCACUUCUACAAAUUUCUAUCUGUGCUGGUGGAAAACCGGUUAACUGUUAAGAGAUUAGUAUGCAAUUGGAAUGCAGUGAGAGAACUAUGGCCCUUGUCUACUAGUCCAUUCAUAGCACCCACACAUUUGCACGCUUCUUUUCAGCUAUAUUCAGUGAUAUUUCUUUUUUAUAUGGAUACAGUUAUUAUGGUUCGCUUUUAUGGUAUGCUACAAUAGGCUUAAAGCAAAUCAUACAUAUACCUCAGCUUGUACAUAUUUUGUACAAUCAGUUAGCAUUUGUAGAAAUUCUUUUUUGGUACAUAAAACCUACAUAGCCUAAAUACUUACAAACAGGGCUGUUAAUAUAGUGGAAGCAGACCCUGUGAUUGCAGCUGCCCAGAAGGUAUAGGGGCCCCAUGAGACACUGACUAGUAAGCAGUUUCAGUAUAUUUUAUUCCUGUUUCCAAAGAUUAUUGGGGUCCUAAAAUGAUUUUUCUGUGGGGUCCAGUAACUUCUAGUUACCCCACUUCUUACAAAGAAUGUGCUACCCUGCAUCUAUCACUCUAUGCAAUAGUAAAUGUAAGCUCAUUUACACAAUCGAAUGACAGUAUAUUGGUGUAUGUUUUCAUUUUGUACCUUCCAACUGUUGUCAUCCGGCUCUCUGCAUCCUUCAGCAGCUAAAGCUCAUUAUUCUACAAGAGCAGUUUGUGUGCCUUUUAACUUAGCAGAAUAAAGAUACAGGUUGGGAGUGGCUGCAAUACUUCAAAACAGUGUUUUGCAUUAGUUCAAUUCGUAGUUAGAGAACUGCAUAAUUACAUGUACUUGUGACUGCAGUAAAAACCUGUGUAAAAAAAAAAAGGAGCAACAUUCUAAAAACUUGCCUGAUGCUUUCAAUGAACUUUAAAUUGAUGUAAGAUAUAUUCCAAAUUUGGAUAGAGAAAUGUGGUACCAAAUUCAAUAAAAUAGCAUAUUGAAAUGACAAUUCAACUCCAAAAUAUACAAAACUGCUGUAUUCAUGUAAGGGAUUUAGGCUUUUGUGACAUUGUUAUAAGACCAGUUUCACUACUGUAAUAUUUCUUACUCCAAUUUGUUUACUACACUUUUGUGAAUUCCACCUUUGCCAGGUAUGGACACAAGUGUUUGUACAGCCAGCUGAGGCGCUGAGCUAUAUGUGAACCAGGUUAUCUGCCUGGUAUGGUAGUAGUGAAAGAAAUUGCCAUCUUGGUUUUUGAUUUUAAUAGGAAAGCAGUAACCAGAACCCUAGUAAGAGGGUUGAGGUAUAUUAUUAUUUAUAUGAUACUAUAGAAUCUACAGUAGUACCUGCAUCAUGAGAGGGGAGCAUAGUGUAUGCUGGUAGAUGGCACUGAGCUGCAUUUAUACGCAAUCAUUGUAGUGCAAAUAUGUACAAGCAGCCAGACCUUGGCUUUCAUUAUUCUAACAGUAGGCUAAUUGCUGGCUAAAUGCUGUGCUGAUUGAAAGUGUGCUGGGGCUAAUUAGUGCUAGACUGAACAGGAAUGCCCAACUGAACACCUUCCAAUGCAUUUUUAUACCCCCUGGUCUGUUUAACAUAGUAGUUGAGGCCGAAAAACAGACAGGUGUCAAUCAAGUCCAACCUUUUUGUCUAAGGCUAGGACUACACAAGCGAUUUGGGGGUGAUCCGACGUGCUGUGACAAAACGCAUGUGACUUGUUGCAUUCAACAAAAAUAAGGUAAGAGAUAGAAUUGUCGCAUAGUGUUGCAGCGUUGAUCCGACACGUCACGACUGUCGGAUGCAGACAGAGUGCAGCUAACUAAGGGUAAGGGUAGGGCUACAUGGAUGUUUUCGGCGCGAUCUGACGCGCUGCACGCUGUGUCUGCAUCCGACAGUCGCAUCGGAUCAACGAUGCGACUUCAUCCGACAUUUCUAUCUCUUACCUUAUUUCUGUCACAGGCGUUUUGUCGCAGUGCAACGGAUCGCGCCAAAAACGUCCAAGUAGUCCUACCCUUAGACAGGAGGGGAACACAAGUCAUGUAUGUGGUGAUGUUGGGAACUACAGCUUCCAACAAUACCCGGCAGCUUUCAAAGUCUUUCAAUUCAAGUUUACAAUAGCUGGAUGGCCAUGGUUUUCACAUCCCUGAUCUAUCGCAAUUUUCAAGGUGCCCUUUAAAUAUUGUUCCAGUGAUGGAUGAUUUACCUGUGUUUAUAGCUCAGUGGUACAUAUUAGGUUUUUGUAAGCCUGCAUCAAUUAAUUUGUUAAUAAGCUACUGCCUCACUUAAACAUUUACCACAAACAGCCAGUUUCUCUCUCAUUCCCAUGGGUGAGUGGAAUACUACUUUACAAACACAUGGUGCACUUGUGCAGUACUUUAUAACAACCCAUCAGCAUUUUGACUGAUAACACUACAUGGGAUAGUCUAAUCUAUCGCAGGAAGUGUUACGUUAUCACAGAACUUUUUUUUUUAAUAACCGAGUCACCUUUUUUUUCCUCAAGUGCCAAAUUAUUCAACAAGGAUAUUAUAUUUGUUUGUAAUUUAACCCUUAAAAGAACAUUGAUACAAUUGUUUUGCUAUUUGGAAUAGCAGGGCUUAGCAGUCAAUAUUAUACCCAGACUUUAAUUGCACUGGUUGUUGUUUCUCUUUAGCAUGAUGAUGGAAGUUCCAAGGCUGUUAAUUGCACAUAAAAAUAACAUUAGAUAGAUAGAUUUAGUUUAUAGGUUUGACAUAUUUUAGGGAGGCAUCUGAUGUUGUGUUAGGCAGACCCAAACUCUAAUGAUAAACGUCAGGCAGAGGAUGCUGAAAUGUAAUGCCCUAAAUGCAUUUACACAUAAUCUAAACAGUCUGCAAAAAGGAAAAUUUUGUCCAGACUCUUCAAAGAAAAUUAUAUAGUAUAGAAAUUAACUGAAUGUCAAUCAAAUAAAACAUUUUCUUGCUGCUACUGGCCCUUUAAAAUGAGUGUGAUAAUUAUAAACACCAACAAGCAUCUCUUGGAUAUUGCGGAACUAAACUCCCAGCGUUAUCUUCACCCUGCAUUUCUUUUAUAUAAACACGGGGACACAUUUCUAGUUAAGAAAUCAUGUAUUACUGAAACCUGACAGUAUGUGUGAGGACAGCAGUUAACUGACUUCAGAUAUGUACUGCAGUGAAUUGGUGUAUUGGAAAAAAACACUUUGUAAAUGGCUACAAUUCAUGGUCUCCAUUUCACUUCCGCCAUGUUUUGCUUGUUAACCUUUUGCUGACACAUACAUUGAUUUUUCAGCCCUGUAAAAGUGGUGAUUGUCAACGAGGAACUGCAACUGAAAAAAAUCUACCAACCUGUAGUGGACAUCUGCAAAUAGCCCAUUCAUGCUGUGAGUCCUAUUGUGGUUGUGAUGUACUAGUCAAAACUGGACGAGGAUGUAUCAGCCAUGUUAUGUGAUCUAGCAGAAUGACUGAGUUGUUUGCAGCAGAAAAAAUGUGUGAGCACCCACAAUGAUCCUAGUCGCUUACCUGCUAUCCCAGGCUGGCACUGCUUUUCUUAAAACAAAAAAAUGUCCUGUUUGAGGAGCACCACCAACUUGUUUCAAUUUUGUGUUGCCCCAGGCAAUAAUAUGUGCAGUACAGAACUUCUUUGUAUACUGCACAAGCUCCCAGCUUCAGUAGAAGCAGUAGCAGCAGCUAGGGGCAUAACUAUAUAGGAAGCAGACACUGAGGCUGCCCAGGAGGUAUAGGGGCCCCAUCAGGCCCUAAUUCAUGUACAGUUUCAAUAAAUAUUGAUAAAACAAGUCAACCUCUAAACAUUUUGGGGGCCUGAAAAUUAAUUUGCUGUUGGGCCCAGUAAUAUCUAGUUACGCCACUGGCAACAGCGAUUCUUUCAAAGAAGCAAUGCAAUACUCCCCCUCUCUCCCCCCAGUUCUCACCUUUCCAAUGCUGGAGGGGGUCGGGGGGCGUAUUGCUAGUGCAGAGAGCUCAAUUGAACUCACUUGCACUAGAAAAGCCAAAUGUCUGUUUUAAAAAAGCUGACAUUCAGCUCAUAAAGGUACCUGGAGUGGCUUUUUUGCAGCCCCUGGAACAUUGCUCUGCGCUGUCACCUCAUUGGCGCCAUGUCCAUAAGAAGGGGAUGUCUGCGAUCCCAAAAAAGAAAAUGGUAACAGGGCACUCCUCGAAGUUUAUUCCAAUUUGGUAGGUUUUUAUGUCUGGCAAUUCCCAUGUAACCAUACUGAUGCAAGGCUGGUCAUUGUAUUAGUAACCUGUAUGGCGGUCAUAUACAAUAGAGAUUUGUACUUUGGUGCUGUCUGGCAUAUGAUGAAUUUCCACUUUAUACUCUUGUUGGCAUUAUGUUUAUUAUAUUAUUCAGUUUUGUGUUACCUGGAUGUACCUGUUUGAUACUUCUAAUAAUGUUUGCCAUGUGAUUAAUAAAAAUGAAUAAUUUCUACUCUAAA